AGUUUCACACUCCACACUCUCACUUCCCACUCUCCACUUCCCCCACUUUCUCUCUCUCUCUCUCUCUCUCUCUCCUCCAUGGCAACCUUAAAAAACCUCCUCUUUCAGUUCCUCUGUUUCCUCCUCUAUCUAACCUUAACCACUGCUCAACAACCCGAAACCCGUAAAACUUACAUAAUACGGGUCGAUAGUACCGCAAAACCCACCAUUUUCCCCACCCAUACAAACUGGUACACAUCCGAAUUCACAACUACAUCUUCUCAAAUCCUCCACACAUACGACACCGUUUUCCACGGCUUCUCCGCCGUAUUAACCCCUUCACAAGCCGACAACCUUAACAACAACCCUUCAAUCCUCGCUGUCCUCGAAGACCGCCGUCGUUACCUCCACACCACACGCUCCCCACAAUUCCUCGGACUCCGAAUCCAACGUGGACUCUGGUCGGAAUCCGAUUACGGAUCUGACGUCAUCAUAGGUGUCCUCGACACCGGAAUCUGGCCGGAACGUCGGUCUUUCUCCGACCAAAACCUCGGACCUAUCCCCAAACGUUGGAAAGGUGUUUGUCAGGUGGGUGAAAGAUUCUCUUCUAAAAACUGUAACCGUAAAAUCAUCGGUGCUAGAUUCUUCUCUAAAGGACACGAAGCCGCGUUUCCUGGGAUUGGUGUCGGUAAUACGACGUCGGUUACGGAGUUUAAGUCCCCUAGAGACGCCGACGGUCAUGGGACCCACACUGCAUCAACUGCUGCGGGUAGAUACUCGUUUAACGCGAAUAUGACUGGAUAUGCUCCGGGUGUUGCGAAAGGGGUUGCUCCAAAAGCAAGGUUAGCUGUUUAUAAAGUAUGUUGGGAGAAUUCAGGUUGUUUCGAUUCCGAUAUAUUAGCUGCUUUUGAUGCUGCUGUUAAUGAUGGAGUUGAUGUUAUUUCUAUUUCAAUUGGUGGAGGAGAUGGAAUCUCUUCCCCAUAUUAUCUAGACCCGAUUGCAAUCGGAUCUUACGGCGCCGUUUCAAGAGGUGUAUUCGUAUCAUCUUCUGCUGGAAACGACGGUCCAAACACCAUGUCGGUGACGAAUUUAGCACCAUGGAUUACAACCGUUGGAGCAGGGACAAUCGACAGGAAUUUUCCGGCAGAGAUUGUUUUAGGUAACGGUAAAAUAAUCAAUGGAGUUUCACUUUACGCGGGUAAACCAUUGAGGAAGAAGAUGUACCCAAUUGUUUACCCGGGUAAAACGGGAACUUUAUCUGUUUCUCUAUGUAUGGAGAAUUCUCUUGACCCGAAAGAAGUAAAGGGUAAAAUAGUCAUUUGUGAUCGUGGUAGUAAUCCUAGAGUUGCGAAAGGUGUUGUUGUUCAGAAAGCAGGUGGUGUUGGUAUGAUUCUAGCUAAUGGAGCUUCUAAUGGUGAAGGAUUAGUAGGUGACGCUCAUUUAAUCCCAGCUGCUAGUGUUGGAUCCAAUGAAGCUGAUGUUAUUAAAUCCUACGCUUCAUCGACGAAAUUACCCAUGGGUACAAUUCACUUUAAAGGAACCGUUGUCGGAAUUAAACCGGCGCCGGUGGUAGCGUCGUUUUCCGGGAGAGGACCAAGUGGGUUAAACCCAGAGAUAUUGAAACCGGAUUUAAUUGCUCCAGGGGUUAACAUUCUAGCCGGUUGGACCGAUGCGGUUGGUCCAACCGGGUUAGAUAUUGAUUCCCGGAGGACUGAGUUUAACAUUCUUUCAGGUACUUCAAUGGCGGCUCCUCAUGUAAGCGGAGCGGCCGCAUUGUUGAAGUCGGCGUACCCUGAUUGGACGCCGGCUAUGAUCAAGUCAGCUAUUAUGACUACCGCUAGUGUAACGGAUAAUAAACUUAGCUUAAUGAAGGAUGAAGCAACUCCUGGGAAACCAUCUACUCCUUAUGAUUUUGGGUCAGGGCAUUUGAAUUUGGAUCAAGCUUUGGAUCCUGGACUUGUAUAUGAUCUUGCUGAUGAAGAUUAUGUGGAUUUCUUGUGUGCAAUUGGGUAUGGGCCUAAGACAAUUCAAGUUAUUACUAGGACUCCGGAGAAUUGUAACAUGAAGAGGAAAGCUUCACCGGAGAAUUUGAAUUAUCCGUCGAUUGCGGUGUUGUUUCCGAGCUCGGACGCUGGUGUUACAAGUAAGGUUUUUGUAAGGACGGUGACGAAUGUAGGGGGUGUAAAUUCGGUGUACAAGGUGAAAGUGGAAGUUCCCGGGAAAGGGGUGACAGUGAAGGUAAAACCAUCUACAUUGGUGUUUAAUGAGAAGGUAAAGAAAGUGAGUUUUACCGUGACAGUUACAGUGGAUAGUAGGAAAUUGAAUUUGGGUGAUUCGGGUGCCGGUUUCGGAGCGUUUUCUUGGGUUGAUGGAAAGCAUGUGGUUCGGAGCCCCAUUGUAGUAACCCAAGUAAACCCAUUGUAGUGAAGAGGAGAAGGGAUGUGGUAUGUGCUGGUGUAAAAUAAGGGAAGAAAGAAAUGGUCAUGAUGUUUCAUGGGAAAUGAAAAUGAUCUUAGGAUGGUUGUUGUAGCCGUUGGAUAAGUAGCUUUUCAUGAAUAGAGAUUUUAUGGUAGAACUUUUUCUUUAUUUUCAACUUUAUGCUUUUGCUUUUGGGGAUGGGGUUGAGAUGUCUGUCUUGAUGAUGAUGUUGUUGUAAUUAAAAAAGGCAAUGUUGUAUAGAGACGGAAAAAGAAGUUAAAUAGUACUUAUAUAAGUUAUAACCAAAUGUUGGUAAACUUAAGUCUUUAUCUUUUGUGUGA